AUGAAAAUGAGCAGGGAGCAGGAGUUUGAUGAAGUGUCAAGUGUAGCCUCAGAAGUGGGAGAGACGGUACAACCCCAGGAAAUACCAACCAUAAUUGAAUCGAAACACUCAGAACCUAGUAUAGAAACACAAACAGAUGAUGACAUACAUCAGAACAAGCAAUCGGAGAAAGCUAGGGAUUUGAGUUUCUUGGCCAGUGCAAACUUCUCAACGGAUUCUUUAAAUGAUAGCCCACAAGAUACUACCUUUCAAUUCGGUAACACCCAGAUGAGUCCGUCUCCUAGAAGGUAUUCGAACUCCUCAUUAAACAAAUCGCCAAGACUAUCUUACUCGGGGCAACAGAUAAGAUCAAGGCCAUUAUCUGCAUUUCUUUUGGAUUCAGGAAAUUCCAUUUCUGAGGACGGGAAUCCACUUCCAUUUGAGAAUUCGCCUAGAUCAAGAGAUUCCUUCACAUUCGGCCUUAAUUCGAAUCAGAUCCCGUUUUUUGAUCGAGGCUCGCAAUCUCAAUCAAAUUAUACACUGAAUAUUCGUCCUCCCUCACCAACGAGAUCAACUUCACCUGUUAGAACCAGCAGGCACUAUAGGUCGAAAUCUCCAGUGAGAAGAUCUUCAUCUCCCAAGAAGCUGAACCCCUUCAAUUUUCAGCCUCAAGAGAUCAUGCUAAACCACAAUGGGUCAAAUCAAUCUUUACAAGUAAAGCCGGCUCAUAGGAAAGGUCACAAGUACAAACAUUCAUCAGUGUCAAUGAAUUUAUUUCAGGAGCCACCGCCAAUGAGUGCAAAUGAACAGCAAUUGAAGGCUAUUCCUGAUCUGUAUCCAGUGCCGAACUACAAAGAGGCAUUGGCCUCUGUAAGCAAGCAACAAAAAUCCAGGCUCAUUUGGGCUUUGGGCCAUUUUAGCUUAUCCAUUGUCAUCUUUGUGAUUGGCUUUAAAUAUGGAUUUAGUUCGCUAGCCACUUUAGCACAUUUAGUAUUUUAUGACUCGUUAGGGUCUUUAUUUAUUGUUUUAGUUGAUAUUAUGUCAAAUUUCGAAGUUUGGAAUAGUUCUUCGAUAGCUUACCCCUUCGGGUUGGAACGUAUUGAAGUAUUGGUGGGUUUUGCAUUGAGUGCUUCGCUCUUGAUGCUCAGCUUUGACUUGUUCAGUCACUUUGUUGAAGAGUUUAUUUUGUCAUUAAUAUCACAUGACGAGCACCUGGACCAUGAACACUUGUCACACCAUGUUCACGAAGGGCACGGAAAUACAACCACAAAUAUAUUACCCUAUGAAAUGAUAUUGAUAUUCACACUAGCGGUGUCAUUGGUUUCUUCUAAUUUUAUCCUUGCUUAUGACAGAAUUAAUGAAAUGUUGAAUAGUCCUGAAAACGUUCCAGCAAAGACUAGUGUUGCGCCGAUUGUUGUGUCUCUCGAAAAUGAAAAUACGUUAGGCCAGAGGGUGUUGAAAAUUUUGGAGGUUUGGAGAAAUUACCCUACUCAUAUGAUCACUGUCACUUAUGCAAUAUUUCUCAUCGUCCUUCCACUGAUACCACAGGCUUUUGUUAAGGAGUUGGCUUAUGAUGUGAAUAAAUGUGCCACCAUACUAGUAGCAUGUUUGUUGUUUUAUAAUGGUUUAAACCUAGUCAAAUCCUUAGGUGGAAUACUUCUUUGCUCAUUUCCGUACUCAAACUACGAGUAUAGCGUAUUGAAGUCUAAAAUCAAACAAGAUGUUCUAUCUUUAGAAUGCUUUAGAGACGGGUUUUUGAUUGAUAAGUUAUUUAUCACAAAAUUUAAUUACCAAUUGUACAUAAUUGGGGUAUCGAUAAGCAUGAAAGGUGCUGAUUCAGACGAAGAGGUUCGGAUGAGGUUUGAAGUGAAUAGAAUCAUUCGAAAAGAGAUGCUAGUAUUGGACAAUAAUAAGAGGGAGCAUGAGUUGGAAGUCACUAUUGAUAUUAACAGAUUUUAG